UAAUAAUUUACGCAAAAGAGGGCGCUGUCUUACAACUUCCGCUCAUGAAUCACUUUCUCGCAGAUUUUUGACAGUCACACCUCCUUGUUGUUUACAUAGAUUCUGUCACUGUUAUCUCGUCCCACAUGUAGCCAAAUCAGUUUAAAUCCACAAACAAUGGCAGAGGAGAAGGUCGAUGCGCUCAGCAUCACAGAUGAUGAGGACGAGUCCGAAGAAGAAAACUCUUCACUAUUUGAGAAAAAAGGAAUUUUGAGCAAAUGGACUAACUAUUUACAUGGUUGGCAAGACAGAUAUAUUGUUCUGAAAGACGGUACUCUUAGCUAUUUCAAAUCUGAAAAUGAUUUAUCGUUUGGCUGUAGAGGAGCUGUGAGUUUGGCCCGAGCUUCUGUUACGCCCCAUCAGUUUGAUGAGUGCAGAUUCGAUGUUGCAGUGAACGACUCUGUGUGGUACUUGAGGGCGGAAAGUGAGGAUGAGAGACAUGUAUGGAUUGAUGCCAUUGACAAUCACCGGCAGGCAGAGUCUGGGUACGGCAGUGAGAGUAGCCUGCGACGUCAUGGCUCACUUCUCUCCCUCACGUCCGGUACAUCAAUGUCCACAACAUCAACAUCUUCUUUCAAGAGAGGACGAGGUCUCAAAGAAAAGUUGAUGGAGAUGGAGACAUUCAGAGACAUAUUGUGUCGACAGAUUGAAACCCUGCAGAGCUACUUUGACAGUUGUGCUUCGGCAGUUUCUCAUGGCUCAAUCAAUGACUUGACUGAGGAUGACAUUGGAGACCCUGAUGACCUGGACAGUGUGGCCAGCAGUCAGUCUGGUGUCAACUUCCCCGGACACACACCUAAAGAUUUAGCUUCCAUUUUACAGCAGCAUGGAGCCCAUUCAGUAGAUUUCAAAGGAGAGUCUUUCACAUUUAAAGCCACAACAGCGGGCAUUAUAGCCACCAUGUCUCAUUGUAUGGAGCUGAUGUCUCAGCGCGAAGAUGCUUGGCGGAGAAGGUUAGAAAGGGAGGUGGAGCGACGGAAGAAAUAUGAGGAUGCUUACAAGAACUUGCUGGAGCAGCAUAACAUACAACAGCAGAACGUCACCCGACUUGCGGGGCCUGACUUUGAGGAGGGUCCUCACUCAGUCAUUAAGGAGGAUGAGUUUUUCGAUGCCAUCGAUGCAUCACUGGACAAGUUGGAGAAAGAGGAGGAAGAUAAGCGGUUGGGUCAUGUGAAGGCCAAACCACCACCAAAGAUCUCACUGGCUCCAGACAACAAGUAUUAUGAUGAGAUCAAUAAAGUUGUCAAUACGCACAUUCGGCAACUAAAUGAGACAACAACUGACGGGAAGGACGUAUGGGAGUGUAUCGCGGAGGACGGUGAACUUCGUGUGUACAAACGGGAACUGGAGGUGGACGGAGUCGUGCUCGACCCAAUGAAAGCCGUACACACAGUGACGGAUAGCAUAGAGGAGAUUCUUACCCGCCCUGACACUGUAGCGUUAAGAUCAUCCACGACGUACAAGGGCAUCACAGGACAUGAGGUGUGUAGUCAUUUCUGGGACAUCAAGUACCGCAUGGAUUGGGAAGCUACCCUUGACAGCAGCAAUGUCGUGGAAUGGUUGUCAGAGGACUCAUUUGUAUGUUACAACAUCAUCAAGCGCGUGUGGCCGGCCUCCCAGCGUGACGCACUCUUCUGGUCGCACAUACGACACGUGCAGGGUGAAACGGAUGAGGAACCGGACCUCUGGCUUGUUAUCAACUAUUCAACAUCUCAUGAAAGUGAUCAGUCUAACAAGUAUGUUCGAGUGAUCAUGAAUGUUGCGAUGGUGUGUCAAACCAUUAUUGAACCUCCGCUUGAUGGGAAAAUCACAAGAGACAACAUCAAGUGUAAAAUAUCCUAUACUGCUGAAGUGAACCCGGGUGGCUGGGCGCCAGCGUCUGUUCUACGGGCGGUAUAUAAGAGAGAGUACCCAAAGUUCUUGAAAAAAUUCACUUCUUACGUGCGGGAUGCCACCAAGGACAAGGAGAUUAUGUUCUAGUGUUGCCGCACAUGUCUCUGCCUUCCACUCUUGCAUACUCAUUGCAGUACUGCUGUAACUUCUGGGACGGAAUCAGAUAAUUAGGACAGUUUUGCUCUGAGUUUUUGCUCUUUCUCGCUCUCCAUUCCAUGUAUGCCAUCAGGUACCGGCACAAGACUUUGGGACAGAGGGCUUCUCUUACCGCUACUUCAGUGUUGCCUGUGAGCUAAACUUAAGCUUAGUGAAAGAUUAUGAUGUGUAUGUCCUUGUGGCUUAAAGGUACAAACAUUGUAACUGCUGCAGUGUGUUGAAAGCAAUUGUCAAAUUAAUGGGUGAAAAAAUACAAUGGAGAGACAUGUUACUGAUUUAUUUAUGUGGUAUCUUACUAAAGAUUUAAUUUACUUACCAGGGUUAGGGAAGUCACUUACCAAAUGUUUAAACGCUUUAUUGACAGUGUUAAUAUGGUGACAGCUACUGGCCUACUUCUGCUCUGGAAUGUUAAAACUGUCUGACUGUGAUACAUGUACAUGUACAGAAGUGUUGUCCAACUGUGGUCACCUUAGUGCCCAACUGUGGUCACUAUGUGAUUAACUGUGGACAAGUUGUGUCCAGCUGUGGUCAACUUAGUGUUCAACUGGUCACUAUGUGUUUAAUUGUGGACAAGUUGCGUCCAACGGUGUUCACCUUAGUGUCCAUUAUGGUCAGUUUAUGUUUAACUGUGGACAAGUUGAGUCCAACUGUGGUCAAUUAUGUCCAGCAGUAAUCACUGUGUCUGGCUUUGUUCACUUAAGUUUCCAGCUAUUGUGGUAUCUGUAUGGGUUGAUAUUGUACAGAGUGAGGACACAGUCUUUUGUACAGCCAUAGUUAUUGUUCUAUUUCCUCAUCAUCUCCACUUGACACCUUCUCUUGACAGUUCUUAAGCGCCAUAUUCAUAAAGCAACUUAGAUUUUAUGUUCAACUUAGUAGAAAAUUGCCUUGCUGACUUUAAAGAAAAUGUGUGAUGUUAAUACAACUUAUAAACAUAUGCAUGAAAAUGGUUAUAAUUAUGAUUUCAAAUGAAUAAAUUUGAUAAAAUGUAGAAGGAUUUAGAUAAGUCAAGGGAAUUCUUUUUUAGUUGAAGUUUUUCCUAGAAUAGUUCAUAAAUACAGCCCCUUAAAGCUGUACUCUCAAAGAUAGAUGGUUUUGACAACUGUUUUUAUUUAUUGUCUUGGAAUGAGCCAUUUUUGCGUUUUUGCGUGGAGACUGGGUCCAUUACAAUUUAAUCCUACUCAAAGGUGAAAAACAGUGAUAUAAGACUGCUGUCAUAUGGUAAGAUUGCAGGGUUUUUUUGUGUUCCAAAAUGAUGUUUUAUUGCUAAAAGCAUUAUUUACUAUGACUUUAAGACAAUUGAAAUUUUCAGCAGUUUUCCAAACACAUGAUCUGUUGUAUAUAUUGUGAGCUAUCUAACAUGACCAAAUUGAAGGCAUUGGUGCCAAAAUAAGCUGAUUCUGAGGCAAUAAUAAUUAAAAAAUUAAAAUGACAAAACGGUAUCUAAUUUCUUAUUGUUAUUAUUUAAUAUGUGGCUAUAACAUGUAAGGUCAUGCAUAUGUAUAAAACAGUACAGGAACCUGACCCCUUUUGAUUAUGACCCCUUUUGACCUCAAUUUCACUGUGAAUAUAUGUGUAACAUAUUACAUGUCAUUAUGAUAUGAGUACACAUUGUCCUCUGUGGAACUCUGUAUUGUUUUGAAUGAUUGUUUUGGAUAAAUCUUUAAGAGAAUUAUCUCAUCAGUUUUGUAGAAACAGCUAUUUUUCUAUGCAUGUUGCCUUGGAAUUGUAAGAUACCCUGAUUGCAUUCUGAAAAUUUUGUUUUAAUUUUCAUAAGGUUAAAAUGCCCUUCAUUUCGCUCACCUAAUGCAAUGACUCAAUAACUGCAAAGAGAAAUAGAGGCAGUUAUGGACUUAUUGCAUUGAGAUAGUGAUUAUAAGAUGUAAGAAUUGUAUUCAAUUGUUUAAGCAGUGGAAUCAUUAUUCUCCCUCACCAGAUAAGUAGAUCCAAAUAUUUGGCCAUGCUGGAAAUCCUGAUCUUGCCUUCAGGCAAAGAUAAAAAAGUACUUUGUAUGUUAAAAAUGAAUUAAAAUACAUUUUUAUUUUAUUUUUUUUAACUGAGGCGGGAGAAAAGCAUCUACCAUGGCUGGUCGUGUAAGAUGGGUUCAUCCUAAAAGUCGCGCAGGGUGUUCUACAGAAAAUCGAUAAACUUCCUUUCAGUGAAACAACUUUAUGCUCGGUGUGGGAUGAACCUAUCUUACACUCUCGAGCAUGGAAGAUACUUCAGUUAUAAUCUCACAUCUAUAAAAACAAUGCAUUAAUACAUGUAAUGUAGAAGCAAUAUUAUAAGACAUUGUUUGUUUUCAUAAAUUUUAUGGUCAUAUUCAAAUAUUAUUCCAUGACGAUGUGAUGAUUCAAGUUUAUAGCUUUUGUCUAAAGACCAAGAAAAGACUGUUUAUAUAUUUUUUAAAACCUUAUGCUCUAGUUUUUGCCUCCAGGAAUAUAUAUUUUUAUUAUCAAAACUGCAUGUUUAAAAAGGGUGUUAAAAAAAAGCAAAAACACCUUAAUCAAGUAUUAUUCACAUUUUACUUUGGAAGUAGCAUGUUUUUCAACAAUCUAAAAAGGUAUGUUGCAAAAUAAUGACAGAGCUAACAUUUGCAAAUUGUUGUAGGGGUACGCAGAUCAUUUGUAUUAUUUUUAAUGCCAAUCUAUAAACAUGAUGAUGAAACGUAAUUAUAUAUGCAUGAAUUUACAGAGAAAAAAGAUUGUAGAUAAAAAAUAUUGUUUAUAUGAAAUAGAUGUGUAGUUUUAUAAAAAUAAUCAUUAUUUCACAAUAGCAUAUAGGUUUAUUAUGGUAUUAUUCUUUUGUUUAAAACUCCACUUUACAUGUAUAUAUCGGAAAACUGUAAGUUCAUUUUCGUGAAAAAAUAUCUAUGGGUUUGUAUUGAUUUCAAAUAUAAACUUAUAGUGAAUGUUUAUUGUUUCUCAAUUGUUAUAGUUAAAACUCAUAUGUACCUUUUUAUGCCACAUUAAAAAAAAAGAGAAAAAAAUAUGAAUGUUUAGAUAUGCUUAUAAGCCAUUAUUGCUUUGAAAUGUUGUGUUAUUUGUUUUACUGAAUUGAAAUCCAGCAUAACAAAUUCAAUGGCUUAUAAAAAAGCUGGAAAGAAAUAUAUUAUACAUAAUUGAAGAAUGUACUAUUUUUCCAAGAAAAGCCAUGUAGAUGCAGACUGGGCAUUGACUAAUUAUAGAUAUUUAGUAUACAUUUUGUAAGGGUUUUAGCUAAGGUCUUAUGGAAAGGGGCUGAAUCCUGCCUUUUUUCGGAAGCAUUCUGCCCACAUGGAGACCAGCAUGGGCACUCUUCUGCCUUCUUAAAAUUGUCAAAUUUUGUUAUUGAAACUUUUACUGUGAUUAUAAAUACAAACAAACUUCACAUAUUUGGCAUUUGAAACCUAAAACUACUUCAAUUUAUCACAAUUAUGAUUAUAGACACAUACAAACUUAACAUAUUUGGCAUUUGAAACCUAAAACUACUUCAAUUUAUCACAAUUAUGAUUAUAGACACAUACAAACUUAACAUAUUUGGCAUUUGAAACCUAAAACUACUUCAAUUUAUCACAAUUAUGAUUAUUAAUACAUACAAACUUCGCAUAUUUGGCAUUUGAAACCUAAAACUACUUCAAUUUAUCACAAUUAUGAUUAUAAAUACAAACAAACUUCACAUAUUUGGCAUUUGAAACCUAAAACUACUUCAAUUUAUCACAAUUAUGAUUAUUAAUACAUACAAACUUAACAUAUUUGGCAUUUGAAACCUAAAACUACUUCAAUUUAUCACAAUUAUGAUUAUUAAUACAUACAAACUUAACAUAUUUGGCAUUUGAAACCUAAAACUACUUCAAUUUAUCACAAUUAUGAUUAUUAAUACAUACAAACUUAACAUAUUUGGCAUUUGAAACCUAAAACUACUUCAAUUUAUCACAAUUAUGAUUAUUAAUACAUACAAACUUAACAUAUUUGGCAUUUGAAACCUAAAACUACUUCAAUUUAUCACAAUUAUGAUUAUUAAUACAUACAAACUUAACAUAUUUGGCAUUUGAAACCUAAAACUACUUCAAUUUAUCACAAUUAUGAUUAUAAAUACAUACAAACUUAACAUAUUUGGCAUUUGAAACCUAAAACUACUUCAAUUAAACACAACUGUGAUUAUAGACACAUACAAACUUAACAUAUUUGGCAUUUGAAACCUAAAACUACUUUGAUUAAACACAAAUCCUAACAUUUUCUGCCGAACUCAUAAUAUUAAUGUUCUUAACUGCCAGUGCACAAUAUGUGCCCUUUAACCUCGUCUUCAGCGCCCUGUCUGUUUUAAAACCUGGCUAAAACUCUUUAUUUGUAGCACAAUCAAUUCGUUCUUACCAAAAUAGAUCCAAAUCAGUAAGUACCAAUGAUAACAUUGCACAUUAUGAUGGUAACAUUCCUUCCGUCCACUCGCACUUCUUGUAUGCUUGGUUUGAAAGAGGUCUGCGUUUUUUUUUUCUUUUGAUUUUAGCAAAUAAUAUUUGUAGAUCUUACAUUUGUAUAAGGCUUUUUCAUAAAAUACUGAAAUAGCUUUAAGCUUUUGAUUUAAUAUAUACUAAAUAAAUAAGCUUGAAAUAUAUUUUUUUCCAAAAAGCUUAGUAUAUUUUUUCUAUUUUUGGUGCACAUAAAACUCCUUUAUGUCUGUUUAGAUUGUUUGGAGUGAGGUGUGUUUGUUUAUAUUACAAUACAAAUAAAGUGUGAUGUUUAUGACUGAAUUGGAACAUAUGUUUAUUGAUUCUGUAUUUAUAAAUUGAAUUACUAUUUACAAUAUUGUAUAAAAAAACUACUUUUGUUCAAUGCAAUUUAUAUAUACAUGUUGUACAUAAGCAGAUGAACAUUGUCAUGUAAAUCUGGUCGAUAUAAUUUAUGAUAAUAGAUGAUAACUGUUUUUCAUUAUUUCUUCUUUAAAGACAAAUAAAUAUGAUAAUUAA